UAUAUUACUGCCGAAUACAAAUGCGAUGCCCAGAAACUAGCUCCAUUUAUCAAGAAGUACUUGAAGUCAGCCGUUGCCAACGGAAAGCUGAUCCAAACAAAGGGCAAAGGUGCCUCUGGUUCGUUCAAACUGUCGGCUUCCGCCAAAAAGGAGCCCAAGCCAAAGGUUGCAUCUGUCGAAAAGAAAGUGAAAACUAAGAAGGUGGUCUCAUCGGCAGCAGCCAAGAAAACAGCAAGCCCCAAAAAAGCAGCCGGAGCUGGCGACAAGAAGCUAAAGGCAAAGAAGGCAGUCGCCACCAAGAAGACCGCCGAGAAGAAGAAAACUGAGAAGGCAAAGGCCAAGGAAGUAAAGAAAACUGGAACCGUGAAAGCGAAGCCUGCUGCGGCAAAGGCAAAGUCGAGCCCUGCAAAGCCAAAGCCAAAAGCAAAGGCAGUAGCAGCAGCGACGUCUGCCAAGCCCAAGAAGACGACGAAAAAGCCCGCUGCUCCCGCGACCGUCAAGAAGCCGAAAGCAAAGACGACGGCGGCCAAGAAGUAAAUUGCGAAAUGGUACACGGUGGUGUACAUGGUCGCACUUGCACUCGAAAUUUUAGAUGUAUACAUCUGAAAUGGAUUUAAACAAGCCCUUUUCA